GGGUGUGUUCUGUGAGGUUUACGUAACCCGACAUAACCUAGUMAAAUUUUAUCUUUUUUGAUAAAGACAACAGUUUGUUUUAUAUUCAAAAAAWKURAUAGGCAMACCUGAGUUAYUGGAAAAUUUUGUAAAUUUUUGGAAACUAGAAUGAUCCCAUUAAAAUAUGGGCGCCAUUCAACACAACUUGCUCGCCAAACAAUGUCUUACCUGGUAACAAGGAGUUUAGUAACGAAGUCAAAAGAAGAAACUGUUUGUAGAAAAGCUGUGAAUGAAGCUGAAAAAAUCGUGGGAUAUCCCACCUCGUUCUUGAGCCUUCGAUGGCUCCUAAAUGAUGAGGCUGCCAAUGUUGCUAAUCAUAUUCGAAAACUGAUUGGCACCAAUCAUCCUCUACUCACCACUGCCAGGGAUUUAAUCAUUGGUGAUCGAACACCAACCUGGGGUCUGAUAGUGUUAUUAAUUUCCAAAGCCGGAGGUUUAGGCAAGCAUUUCUCCGAGAUGGACAAGGAUGUUACAGCAGGAAUUUUACAUAGUCAAAGAGUGCUUGCAGAAGUUACUGAAAUGAUCAGAACCAGUAAUAUUCUGCAUAACAGUGUCUUAAAUAUUAACACUAACGAUGUAGAAGAAUACUCAGAUCUGAACUUUGGAAAUACUCUGAGCUUGCUGACAGGKGAUUAUUUACUUAGCAACAGUUUUAAAGAAUUAGCAGGACUCAAAAACCAAGAAGUAAACGAAUUGGUAUCUAUGUGUUUAAGGGAUUUAGUGGARGCCGAAUUUAUAGGCCCYCGAGAUAAWCAAAACAGACCUUUACCGGCUAAACCGCUCGAGGAGUCAUCCGAAAUAAUAAUUCCUAAUGAAUUUGGAACUGCUCCGUUAAAAGUGAAGGAAGUUCUUGGAAAUGCCAAAGCCGAAUGGACUCUUAGACACUUUUUAGGAAGUGGUAGCUUGUUAGCAAAAAGUUGCCAAGCUGCUUUAAAAUUAGCUAAUCAUCCUGAGGAAUUUCAAAAACUGGGAUACCUAUUUGGAAGAAACAUGGCUCUAGGAUGGCAAGCGUAUUUCGACUUGGAAUGUUUCGAGGAAGGGUGCAAAAAACCAUUUGAUCUGAUAUCGGCUCCGAUCUUGUUCCAUUUACAACAUGAUCCUGAUUUCUACGCAGAAAUUCUAAAAGGCUCUGAAGACGUACGGAACUGUGACUAUGAUAGGAUAAGGGAAUUGGUGCAAUCGGGACCUGGGCUUGAAAUGACUCGCCAAUUAAAGCAAAAUUUUGUAAAGAACUGUUUUGAUAUAUUAGACGAAUUCCGAGCAACGGACGCAAAACGAGCUUUAGUAAAUAUAUUAAAGGUUUUAUAAUGUUCAUUGUAACUGUAAAUUUUGAGUACUGAUAAUCUGAAAUGUGUACAAUACGAGUUUGUUAUUUUCCAAUCUUUACACUGUGAUAUGUGCAAUAAAUAUUGGACAAAGCCAUUUUAAGUAUAAAUUUCAAAUGUUUUAUCAGAAAUUAA